AUGGCCAAGACUACUUCCAAGAAAGACGCUAAGCUAGCUAAGAAGGCUGCUGCUGAAGAAAAGGCUGCUGCCACUUCUUCUUCCGAAGAAUCCUCCUCUUCCUCUUCUUCCUCUUCUUCUGAAUCCAGCUCUGAUUCCAGCUCUGAUUCUGAAUCCUCUUCAUCCGAUUCUGAAUCUUCUUCUUCUGACUCUGAAGAAGAAACUAAGAAGGAAGAAACUAAGAAGGAAGAAUCCUCUUCUUCCGACUCUGAAUCUUCUUCAUCUUCUUCCGACUCCUCUUCAUCUGAUUCUGAAUCCGAUGCUGAAGAAGAAGAAUCUAACGAUAAAAAGCGUAAAGCUGAAGAUGAUGAAGAAUCUGAAGAAUCCGAAGAUUCUGAUGCUAAGAAACAAAAGACUGAAGAACCUGCUGAAGGUGAUGCUGAUGAAGAACCAGCUACCAUCUUCGUUGGUAGACUAUCUUGGUCCAUUGACGGUGAUUGGUUAAAGAGCGAAUUCGAACACAUUGGUGGUGUUAUCGCUGCUAGAGUUAUCUACGAAAGAGGUACCGACAGAUCUAAGGGUUACGGUUACGUUGAUUUCAAGAAUAAGACUUUUGCCGAAAAAGCUGUUAAAGAAAUGCAAGGUAAAGAAAUUGAUGGUCGUGAAAUUAACUGUGACAUGUCAAACUCUAAACCAGCUACUAACAACAAUGGUGGUGACCGUGCUAGAAAAUUCGGUGAUGUUCCAAGUGAACCAUCCGACACUUUAUUCUUAGGUAACUUAUCCUUCGGUGCUAACAGAGAUGAAAUUUCUGAUCUUUUCAGUAAGUUCGGUGAAAUUGUUUCUGUUCGUUUACCAACUCAUCCAGAAACUGAACAACCAAAGGGUUUCGGUUACGUUCAAUACGGUAACAUCGAUGAUGCUAAGAAGGCUCUAGAAGCUCUACAAGGUGAAUACAUUGACAACAGACCAGUCAGAUUAGAUUACUCUACUCCAAGACCACAAAACGACAGAGGUGGUUUCGGUGGUAACAGAGGUGGUUUCGGUGGCCGUGGUGGCUUUGGUGGCCGUGGUGGUUCCAGAGGUGGUUUCGGUGGCCGUGGUGGUUCCAGAGGUGGCCGUGGUGGUUUCGGUGGUAACAGAGGUGGUUUCAGAUCCAGUGGUUCUGGUGCUAACAAUGCUCCAUUAGGUAAAUCUAGAAACACUGCUGACUUCACUGGUACUAAGAAGACCUUUGAUUAA